UCAAUAAUUACAUAAAAAGUGUAAAUCACAGAGUACCUUUUUAUAUAGUGUAAAUGUAUUUACAUGCUGCGUAAAAGUGCAGUAAACCGUAUUACAUUCGAAAUAAAGACAAUUUAUGCCAUUACACAUUAACAACAUAAUAUAUUUAUCGCUUUAUUUAUUUAUCAACAAGAAAAAUGUUUAAUUCAUUUCUCCGUGGGCUACUGGGUGUUGAGGAACCUCCAACAAAGGUUAUAGAGGUUCGCGCAGACUCCUAUGUGUCUCGUCAUGUACACUGUAGAGAUGACUCCAUGCAGGUCUACGCUCCAAAAACACCACCAGACUCUCGAAAUAAUAAUUCCAGGGACAAGUACUAUGAGAUAGUCCUGCAAAAACCUUUCACGGAGAGCAUAGAUCAAAUGUACAGCUUGUUCAGAACAGAAAAUCGUGAAAUAUGUGAAGAUAAGUUUAUUGUGCUAAAAGACAAGAUACCAUUGUAUAUAAAAUUAAGUAAGGAAUGUACUGUUGGGAGUCUCCAAAAAUUAGUUGAUAUACUCGCCGAGCAUCCGUCAUGGUCUUUGGCUCAUGUGUUGGCAUAUUUUGGUAUCCAUGAACUGUUCAAUGAACCGGAAUUACAGGCACAAAUCAACAUUGUAGAUCCAACCACUGGCAUGACACCACUUAUGGUAGCAAUCAAAACAGGCAAUCUCCGUAUGGUGCAAAGUCUCGUGUCACUAAAAUGUGCCCUGGACACCAAGGAUUUGGAAGGAAACACAGUAUUACACUACUCUGGUGCCAGCAACAAAGAAAUUAUUAAUGUCCUUAUCAAACAAACCUCGGAGUAUCUGAACGUGUUCAACAAGCAGGGCUACACGCCGCUGCACAUGGCGUGUCUCGCGGAUCUGCCCGACUGUGUGCGAGCGCUGUUACUGGCGGGCGCAGACGUCAACCUGACAGCGUGCACGCAGAGAAUAGCCACUACGUCUAGCUCUAUACCAGGUAUAGUCGGCGAUGUAGUUCAGGACAACAAACCGAAGUUAUUCCAACAGGAUAUGAAACGAGGUGGUACACCGCUACACUGGGCAGUUUCCGCUGAAGUGGUCGAGGCCUUGGCCGACAAAAACUGCGCCAUAAACGCCCUGAAUUUCGACGGCAGGACGGCUCUCCAUAUAAUGGUCCUUCGAGGCAGACUGGACUGCAUUAUAGCCCUUAUGGCGCGAGGCGCGGAGAUCUCAGUUGGGGACAACGAAGGGAAUACUCCACUACAUUUAGCGGCUAAGCAGACGAAUAUCAACAUACUACAGGCGCUAAUAGUGUUCGGCGCGGAUCUAGAAGCUAAGAAUAAUGCUGGGAACACGGCAAGGCAUUUGGUGCCCGCCGAAAUGUCGAACGGUGGUUAUGAUAAAAUACUGUACAUACUGCACAGCGUUGGAGCGAAAAGAUGUCGUGUGGGCGUGUCCGGUUGUCGUGCGGGUUGCGCGGACCGCGGGGAGUACAACGGCGUGCCCCCCGCGCCGCCGCCGCCCCCCGCCGCCAGACAGCUCGUGGACGACAUGCUGGACGCCGCCGCCAUGGCUAAAGCCGCCAACAUGACGCCCAGCGAGAAGGUUGGACGCCUUCUCUGCCUGGAUGGUGGUGGCAUAAAGGGUCUAAUUCUAGUCCAAAUUCUGCUGAAUCUCGAAGCGGCAGCAGGCAAGCCCAUAGUGCAUUGCUUCGACUGGAUAGCUGGCACCAGUACUGGCGGGAUACUAGCGUUGGCGAUAGCUAGUGGCAAGACUCUAAGGGAGUGUCAACGCCUGUACUUUAUGAUGAAAGAACGAGCAUUCAUCGGCAAAAGACCCUUCCCGUCUGAACCUUUGGAGACCAUUUUGAAGGAUUGUUUGGGUGCUGAAACCGUGAUGACGGACAUCAAAGACCCCAAGCUGAUGGUGUUAGCCGUGCUGGCGGAUCGCAAGCCGGUCGACCUGCACAUAUUCCGCAACUACCGCUCCGCGCUCGAUAUACUACACGAGUACCACGGCACAGGAAGUCCAGUGCGAUCAGAGGGAUCGGGUGAUAGCUCCGUCUCUUUCAAUACGCCGCCACCGCCCGAGCAGCAGCUGGUGUGGCAGGCGGCGCGCGCGUCCGGCGCCGCGCCCUCGUACUUUAGGGCGUGCGGCAGUUUCCUGGACGGCGGUUUAAUCGGCAACAACCCCACGUUGGACGCGUUGACUGAGCUGGCCGAGCUGCGCCUGGCGCUGGAGGCGACCGGCAGACAAGACGAGGCCAAAAAAACGAACUUAAAAGUCGUCGUGUCAUGUGGGACGGGUGCGAUACCUGUCACCCAACUGCGCGACAUCGACAUCUUCAAGCCGGAGGGUCUGUGGGACACCGUCAGCGUCGCCAUGGGCAUUAACGCCAUCAAGACGCUCAUUGUGGAUCAGGCGACGCAAUCUGACGGUCGUGUGGUGGACCGCGCGCGGGCUUGGUGCGGCGCGCUCGGCGUCCCAUAUUACAGGUUCAACCCCCAACUCCCGCUCGACAUAGAGAUGGACGACCGAGCCAACGACAAACUGGUCUCGGCGUUGUGGGCGGCGCACGCCCACAUGUGGGCGCACCGCGACCGCCUCGCAGACCUCGUCGCGCUGCUAGACGGUUAAACGGCGCUGGGCACAAGUAGAAGAAUAUCACCAGUAUCUCAUUAGUCUGAAUAUUUUGUAUAAGUACGUAAACUAGAUGUAGGAACACUUACAUAGAUACAUGCUCAAUUGUCAUUGAAAUAUACA